GUGGCCCGGGCGGGGGCUCGGCGCGGGCCCGCGAGAUGCCGGUGUCGGCGGCCCGAGAGGCUGCAGCUGCAGCGGCAGGGGAGGAGGCGAUAGAGGCGGCGGCGGGGCCGGGGAGGGGGGCGGCGUGGGGGGCCGGCGCGUAGCCGGGACUAUGGAGGGACAGAGCGGCCGCUGCAAGAUCGUAGUGGUCGGGGACGCGGAGUGCGGCAAGACAGCGCUGCUGCAGGUGUUCGCCAAGGACGCCUACCCCGGGAGUUAUGUCCCCACCGUGUUUGAGAACUACACUGCAAGCUUCGAGAUCGACAAGCGCCGCAUUGAGCUCAACAUGUGGGAUACUUCAGGUUCUUCUUACUAUGACAACGUCCGGCCUCUGGCCUACCCAGACUCUGAUGCUGUGCUCAUCUGCUUUGACAUUAGCCGGCCAGAGACCCUGGACAGUGUCCUCAAGAAG